AUGUCGGAGCCAACGAGCACCAAGGUUGGCCAUGCUCUGGCAAAGGGCCUUGGUAUCAAGCUUGACUACCGGAAUCCCACCGCGGCCCCCGGCGCCACGCCUGGCGAUUCCACCUACUCUAUCAACAGCGCCGACGACUAUCUCGAGGAGGAGCCGCACGCCAUUGAAUGGGUCCGGUCUGUCAUUCCUAGCGGCCGUCAGCUCAUCAACUACGCGUGGAGCCUCUUUCCCUUCUUGAGCUGGAUUCAUCGCUACAACGUCCAAUGGCUCAUCGGUGAUCUGAUUGCCGGUAUCACCAUCGGCGCAGUGGUUGUGCCGCAGGGCAUGUCCUAUGCGAAGCUCGCCCAACUGCCCCCGCAGUACGGACUGUACUCCUCCUUCAUGGGCGUUCUGAUCUACUGGUUCUUUGCCACUUCCAAGGACAUCACCAUCGGCCCGGUCGCCGUCAUGUCCAAACUUGUCGGUGAAAUCGUCUCUCAAGUCUGGGCUGCCGAUCCUACCUGCCACGUCAGCUCGAAGGGCGUCACGUCUGGCACUUGCUUCCCUCCCGAGAUUCUGGCCGAAGCUCUCGCAGUUGUCGUCGGAGGCAUCGUCUGCGCUAUUGGCUUGAUCCGCCUGGGAUGGCUGGUCGAGUUCAUCCCCCUUGUCGCCAUCUGUGCCUUCAUGACCGGCUCCGCCAUCAACAUUGCUGCUGGACAGGUACCGAAUCUGCUUGGCGAGACGGUCAAUGCCGAUUUCAACACCCGAGCACAGACUUACAAGGUCAUCAUCAACACGUUGAAGUACUUGCCCGACGCCAAGCUUGAUGCUGCUCUGGGCAUCACGGCCUUGUUCUCUCUCUACCUCUGGCGAUGGAUCUGCAACCGCAUGGCGAAGAAGCAGCCACACCGCCAGAAGAUGUGGUUCAUCAUCGGCACCUUGCGUGUCGCCGUUGUCCUCCUCUUCUACGUCAUGUGCAGCGCCCUGUCUCUCCUCAGCUAUCCCCGCACUGCCGAUGCUGCCAAAGAAAUCGCGAAAGAUCACUGGGCGAUCCUUGGUCCCGUGCCUCGUGGUUUCCAGGCUGCCGGCGUUCCCAAGAUCAACUCCCACAUCGUCAGCCUGUUCUCGAGCUACCUUCCCGCCGCUGUCAUCGUCCUCCUCAUCGAGCACAUUGCUAUUGCCAAGUCAUUCGGGCGGGUCAACAAUUACACCAUCAAUCCCUCGCAAGAGCUCGUGGCCAUUGGAGUCACCAACCUCCUUGGGCCGUUCCUGGGUGGCUACCCAGCCACCGGUUCCUUCUCCCGCACAGCCAUCAAAUCGAAGGCCGGCGUGCGCACGCCCUUUGCUGGCGUCAUCACCGCUGUCGUCGUGCUGCUGGCGAUCUACGCCCUGCCCCCGGUCUUCUUCUACAUUCCAAACGCCGGUCUGGCGGCCAUCAUCAUCCACGCUGUCGGCGACUUGAUCACCCCUCCGAACGUGGUUUACCAGUUCUGGAGAACAUCUCCCCUCGAAGUGCCAAUCUUCUUCGCCGGUGUCCUGGUCAUCAUCUUCACCACCAUCGAGUAUGGUGUCUACGUCGUCAUCACCACCUCCUUGGCGCUCUUCCUCUGGCGUGUCUUCAAGGCCAAGGGCACCUUCCUCGGCACCGUCAAGGUGCACUCUGUCGUCGGCGACCAGCACAUCGCAGGUCCGGAGGGUCACAACGAGGAUUCCAAGCAAGUCGGUGGUCUUUCCGAUCGGACGAUCUUCCUGCCCAUCGAGUCUUCGGAUGGCAGCAACCCGGACAUCCACCCUGAGCAACCGUACCCCGGAAUCUUCAUCUACCGAUUCUCGGAGGGCUUCAACUACCCCAACGCCAACCAUUACCUCGACCAACUCACCCGCACCAUCUUUGUACACACACAAAAGACCAACCCGAACACCUACAAGCGCCCAGGCGACCGUCCAUGGAACGACCCGGGUCCACGCAAGGGCCAAGAAGUCGACAUGAACGACACCCGGCCCACGCUCAAGGCCAUCAUCCUGGACUUUGCCGCAAUCAACAAUGUCGACGUCACCUCCAUCCAGAACCUCAUCGACGUCCGCAACCAGCUCGACCGCUACGCCGACCCGGACCGCGUGCAAUGGCACUUUGCCAACAUCAAGAGCCGCUGGACGAAGCGCGCCCUGGCCGCAGCCGGGUUCGGCUACGCCACGCCCGCCGGCGACCCGCACUUCAAGCGCUGGAAGCCCAUCUUCUCCAUCGCCGAGAUCCGCAACGCCGCCGAGGCCGCCGAGGUCGAGGAGAACCAGCGCCGCGACACCAUUCGCGAGACGGAGGAGGGCAAGGUGCCGCACCGCGAUGUGGACAGCAUUGGCGCCAGCGAGGGCAGCAGCAACGGCAUCAACGACAUUGAGAAGAGCAAGGCGUACGGCGGCACGACGCGCACGGCCGCCGUGCAUGGGCUCAACCGCCCCUUCUUCCACCUCGACUUGAUGAGCGCGUUGCAGUCUGCCAUUCGAAAUUCGGAGGCGGUGCGCGUGCACCGGGCGCCGAUCCACGGAGCCGUCGAGGAGAACCCGGUGACCAUUAUGGAGUCCGAGAAGGGUGCGGGCGUGCUGAGCGAGGGCAAAGUUGCGACGGGAGACAAUUGA